AUGCAGGAUUUCCCCUUUGAGGAAUCUUCAUUAAAGAUCUACACAAUCGGCAAUUUCCAGGAGACCUAUAGACAGGAUCCAUGCUAUCCAGGUAGUCCCUUGUUCAUCAUGACCCACCAAGAAGGCGGAGAAGUGCUUCAAUUAGCCGGUAUACCAGUAGAAAGUGCUAAGCAAAUCGGCCAAGGUGCCGAAUGCCGCAGUGACACAGAUGGGCAAAGAUGCCGCGAACACCCUUGA